CAUUUUCCAUCAAUAUUUUUUAAAUUAUAAGAAUGAUAAGAAUGCUGCUUUUCUUCUGAUGGAAAGUGACAGGCUGAUCAUCAGUUUACCCAGAGUGAAGUGGACAGAAGUAGCACUGACUAUGGCAUCUCGGCUUCAAGAAGAAUGUAUUGCAUUCAUUAUAAAAAACUUAUCCAGGAUCAUUGAGAGUGAAAAUUUUGCUCUUCUCUUACAGUCACAGGCAAUGAGCAGUACAGCUGAUCUGUUGGACAAAAUCUUAAAAGCAAUUGAAGAAAACAUUACCACUGAGAAUAGUUGCUCUCUUCUUAUGGCUCUGGACGCAUUACUGAGCUCUGACAGUACUAAGGAAAUGGGUUUUACGUGCAAGAUCCAGGCUCUGCGUGAUAAGCUGUGGAUCUUCCUGGUUCAGUCUUUCUAUGCUGUUCGUCACACAGAAAGCUGGAAGCUGAUGAGCACAGAUGAUCAACAGAAAAUCCAAGCAGCUGCAUUCGACAAAGGUGAUGAUCGAAGACUUGGCAAAAAGCCUAUAUUCAGUAGCUCUCAGCAAAGGAGACAAGUUUCUGACUCUGAUGUUAUAAAAAACAAAUUUUGGAAAGGAAAUAACAAGAAAGAGUGUUGGAGUUAUACCUCUACUAAUCAAAAGAUGAAAUCAGAUGGAUUAGGAGCAUCAGGACAUUCAUCAAGUACGAAUAGAACUACUAUAAGUAAAACUUUGAAGCAUGAUGAUGAUCUAAAAGAAAAGGAUGGUACAAAAAUAGCAUCAAAAAUUACAAAAGAAUUAAAAACUGGGGGAAAAAAUGUCUCUGGAAGGCCAAAAGCUAUAAUAAAGCCCCAAACAGAAAACAACGAUAAUGCAAAGUCAGGAAACAUGUCACCUAGACAAGCUGUGGAAAGAACAACAGCAGCAAAUGGACAGAAACACUCAUUAAAUGGGAAAGGAGUGAGAAAUCAGGAAGGGAAAAUUGCAGGAGCCAGACCCAAGGUACUCACUGGGAACCUAAAUGUGAGAGCCGAAGCCAAGCCUGCGAGGAAAGUGACGGGAAAACAGUCUCCUUGCGGCGGCGCUGUGGGACACUCCCGCAGAGCUGCAGAUUCCCGGACGGGAUCAUUCAUGCCCACUGAAUGCCUGGGUGACCCACAGGAGAAUGGAUCAAUAGGAGAGGAGACAUCCUCUGGGCAUAAACUGUCUCUUCGUGAAUCUCCAGGACAGACAAUGAAAAGCAGUAUAGAAAGUAUUAAAACUUCCACUAUAGCAUCAAAAUCUCAACCUGUUUCAAAAGUUACCAAUGGAACUCCUGAUAAAAAAAGCAGCCAUGAACAAGAAACAAGACUUAACCAUGUGCCAAAGAAGGUCACUAGCAAAGGCUAUAGUGAUCCAGUACCACAGGCAAUUUUAAAGAAAAGAGGAAAUGGCAAUGGAUUUGCUACAGUUCAGCAGAGAACAAAGAACACCUCAUCUAAUCUUGCUAAAAUUCAAGGAUCUCAAGGAGAGUCACCAAAUUCAGUAAGAUCUUCAGUCUCUUCAAGGCAGUCUGAUGAAAAUAUGACAAAAUUGGACCACCGUACAACUACAGAUAAACAAACACCUAAGAGAAAAAUUGUCAAGCAAGGAUACACAACUUUGCCUAAGGUUAAUGCAAAAAUUGUGGCAAUUCCUAAAAUCCUAAAUCAAUCUAAGAAAGGUGAGACUUUGAAUAGUAAAGAUUCAAAACAGAAAAUGCUUCCUGGACAGGUUAUAUUGAAGACUCAGCCUUCUCAAAAACCUUUAAAAAGUGAAACAUCUGUUGUCCAAAAAAGUGUGCUUCCUGUUGUACAUGAUAAUAAUAGCAAGGGCAGUAUUUCUGAACAGAAGCCUCACAAACCUCUAAUUAAUCUCACAUCUGAAAUCAGCCAUAUGGGAGUAUUCCAGUCAUCAUGCAAACUUGAUGCACAAGAGCUAAUAGACAAUCAAGAAAAAGAGAAAUUAGUGUUAGAAAGUCAAGAUAUUUCAAAUCUGGAUAAAUCAACAAAACAUGAACUGGAAUCAAAACAAAUUUAUUCAGAUAAAAGUGAAACAAAAUUUUCCAGUGACAAAGACACAAAUCAUUGCAACACAACUAAAAUGCAUUGUCAUUCUAAUGGCAGUGAUAAUGUAGAUCUAAAACUUUAUAGCACUGCUGCCCUAAAAUCCAUGACUUCAAAUCCAAAUGAAAAAUCCUUGAACUCUAAUCCAGUUUGUGAUUUAAAUUCAACAAAUGCAGAACAAAUCCAUUCACUGUCAGAUAGGGAGAAUCAAGCAGGGAGAAAAGAAACAAACAAAAAACUAAGCAUUAAAUAUGUGAAAGAUGUUUUACCUUGUGUUUCUGAAAGGACAAAUGGUACUUUAAAUUCUGUUCAAGAUGACAGAAACUCUAAAAUUCAUGUAGAAGAACAGACAGUUCCUAGUCAGUUGUCUGAUGACUCCGCUAUGAAUGAAGACAAACAUGCUCCAGCUGACUCAGCUGUUUUCUCUAAGUGUAUUUUGGAACAAAUAUCAGGAAAAAAUUAUCCUAAAGACAUGGAGACAGCAGAAACACCAGACAGCCAUGGAAGUCCAGAAACCCCACUCAUGAGCCACUGGAGUUCAAGCACCAGUGUCCAGCCUCCGAGAGAGAGCCCUGCAUCUGACACGGGCAGUGCCACCACUUCCUCUGAUGACAUAAAGCCCCGGUCGGAAGACUAUGACGCCGGGGGGUCUCAGGACGAUGAAGGGUCCACAGACAGAGGCAUCUCUAAAUGCGGCACCAUGUUGUGCCGUGAUUUUCUUGGUCGGAGUAGCAGCGAUACCAGUACUCCUGAGGAAUUAAAAAUAUAUGAUAGUAACUUAAGAAUUGAAGUGAAAAUGAAAAAACAAAGUAGUAAUGAUCUUUUCCAAGUUAAUUCGACAAGUGAUGAUGAGAUUCCUAGGAAAAGGCCAGAAAUUUGGUCUCGAUCUACAGUAGUCCACCCUAGGGAAAAAGAAAAUAUUCCACGAGGUAGUGUCCAGUUUGCUCAGGAAGUAGAUCAAGUUUCCUCCUCAGCAGAUGAAACAGAAGAUGAAAGAUCUGAAGCUGAAAAUUUCUCAACAUCUAACUCAGCUCCUCAACAGUUUCAGGGGAUAAUUAAUUUAGCUUUUGAAGAUGCAACUGAAAAUGAAAGUCAGGAGUUCUGUGCAACUAAAAAUUUUAAAAGGUCAGUUUUACUUUCAGUAGAUGAAUGUGAAGAGCUAGGGUCUGAUGAAGGGGAAGUCCAUACUCCGUUUCAGCCUUCUAUAGAUUCUCUUUCUCCUUGUGAUGUUUUCGAUGUCAUUCCUCAUGAACAUCAUGGAGGGACGCGCUAUUCCAAAUUCUCACAAGGAAGUAAAGGUAGUAUUUUAGAAUGUAAACAAGGUAAAGGCCAUAGUGCAUAUCCAAAUGAAAGCUCUCUCUGGGGUCCUUGUAGCACUGACUCUUCAAGAACAGAUAAACAGAGUGCUUCAGCCACAGAAAAUAAGUACACAAUAGAUGUUCUGUCCAAAGGAGGCAGACACCUUCCAGAAGAUAAAAAAGAAAACAGUGGAAGCGAUGUAGAUAGUGACUUUCAGCAAUGCAGCAAACUCCCAGAUAGUGAUAUAAAAUCUCAAGGAAGGCCAUGUCAUUUGGAGCUUCAUCAGAGAGAACUCAAUUCUGACAUUCCAAAGAACAGCUCGACAAAAUCUCUGGACUCCUGUCGGAGUCAGCUUCUGCCUCAGGAAGGUCAAGGGAGAGAGAACCAUUCUACAGCUACUAAAAAAGCUAAUAUUGCUUUUUCUGCAGGAGACAUAGAUGAUUGUGACACACUGGCACAAAGCUACUGUGACCAUCGGCCUUCAAAAACCCUCUCUCCAAUAUAUGAGAUGGAUGUAACUGAAGCAUUUGAGCAGAAAAUGGAAUCAGAAAUACACGUUACAGACAUGGAUUUUGAAGAUGUUCACUACUUUGCAAAACAAGAUUGGACAUUAUUAAAGCAACUGCUCUCUGAACAGGAUUCAAACUUAAAUAUUACAAAUUCUGUUCCUGAAGACUUAAAUUUAGCACAGUAUCUAAUCAAUCAGACACUACUUUUAGCACGAGACAGCUCAAAACCUCAGGGUAAAGCACAUGUUGACACUUUGAGCAAAUGGAGUGAACUAACCUCUCCACUUGAUGAUUCCUCAGCAAGUAUCACCAUGGCUAGUUUUUCCUCUGAAGAGUGUUCACCCCAAGGGGAAUGGACAAUUCUGGAACUGGAAACUCAGCAUUAAAAGUAUUAACACUUUGGAAAAUUUUGAAUUAUGCCACCACUUUAUUUUUUGAUGCUUCUAUUAUAUCUAAAUGACAGUUGUAUUAACCAGAGAUAGAUUGUCCUUAAUAUUGAGGGAUUCUUUCCACUUUACUGAGGUAAACAUAGUUUAUUUAUUAAUAUGAUAUCACAUAUAGAAAGUGUUUUUCUAAAAUUUUUAAGCAUGUUUUCUUAAUUAUUAGACAAAUUAGAAGACUUAUAAGGAAACCCAUCCUUCAGUUUUCUUUCCUAACUGAUCUGUUAUUACUUGUUUAUCAUUCAAGAAUUUAAAAUGUGAAUGCACAAGUAGAUCAGUACAUUUUUAUUCUGCAUAUGGUAACACAGUAAUUUAACAAUAAAAACUUACUGUGCUUGUGUCAGUUUAUGUAGAGUUUAUCUGUAACACUGAAACUCAGGUUGGUGCGCUUGAGGCUGAUAGCCAAAUAUUAGCAAAAACCUUUACUUUCCUAACAAUCCAGGUCCAGGAUAUUGUGAAGUAAAUGCAUCAAACUUCAAUCACAUUGUAACUAAAGGAAAUCCAGAGAAAGACAUAUGCCCUUGUUUAAAAGAAGUGGGAAAAUUGUCCAUCUGUUCUAUCUGUGUAGUUACAGUUACUAUCAAUUUUCCAUUCCAUAUUAAAGAGAUUUUGGAACUGCA